CUCCUGCCUUGCCCUCCGGUCUGCAUUUAAGAGAACAGCCUCCUCAGCGCUCUUUCAGAUCUGCCGUUGAACAAACCAGAUCACUUCACUACAACCAAUUUUUUCCUUUUCCUCUACGCGCAAGAAUACCCAUUUCCUUUUCUUGUUACCCGCGAUUUCGACACAAAGAACCAACUUCGCAUAGCACGUCUCACAGAUCACUCUGACAAGAUGGCGCCCGCCGUUGGUAUCGACCUGGGCACGACCUACUCGUGCGUGGGUAUCUUCCGUGAUGACCGCAUUGAGAUUAUCGCCAACGACCAGGGUAACCGCACAACCCCGUCGUUCGUCGCCUUCACAGAUACCGAGCGUCUGAUCGGAGAUGCCGCCAAGAACCAGGUCGCCAUGAACCCCAUCAACACUGUCUUCGACGCCAAGCGCCUGAUCGGCCGCAAGUUCCAGGACCAGGAGGUCCAGGCCGACAUGAAGCACUUCCCCUUCAAGGUCAUCGAGCGCGCCGGCAAGCCCGUCGUCGAGGUCGAGUUCAAGGGCGAGCAGAAGCAGUUCACCCCCGAGGAGAUCUCGUCUAUGAUCCUGACCAAGAUGCGCGAGACUGCCGAGUCCUACCUUGGUGGCACCGUUAACAACGCUGUCAUCACCGUCCCCGCCUACUUCAACGACUCUCAGCGUCAGGCCACCAAGGACGCUGGUCUCAUCGCCGGCCUGAACGUCCUGCGUAUCAUCAACGAGCCUACCGCGGCUGCCAUCGCCUACGGUCUUGACAAGAAGGUCGAGGGCGAGCGCAACGUCCUCAUCUUCGAUCUUGGCGGCGGUACCUUUGAUGUGUCGCUCCUGACCAUCGAGGAGGGUAUCUUUGAGGUCAAGUCGACUGCCGGCGACACCCACCUGGGUGGUGAGGACUUUGACAACCGUCUGGUCACCCACUUUGUCAACGAAUUCAAGCGCAAGCAUAAGAAGGAUCUGCAAAGCAACGCCCGUGCUCUGCGCCGUCUCCGCACGGCUUGCGAGCGUGCCAAGCGCACCUUGUCGUCUUCGGCCCAGACCUCGAUCGAGAUCGACUCGCUGUUCGAGGGUAUCGACUUCUACACCUCCAUCACCCGUGCUCGCUUCGAGGAGCUUUGCCAGGACCUUUUCCGGUCGACCCUGCAGCCUGUUGACCGUGUCCUGACCGACGCCAAGGUCGACAAGUCUCAGGUCCACGAGAUCGUUCUCGUUGGUGGCUCGACCCGUAUCCCCCGUAUCCAGAAGCUCAUUACCGACUACUUCAACGGCAAGGAGCCCAACAAGUCCAUCAACCCCGACGAGGCCGUCGCGUACGGUGCUGCCGUCCAGGCCGCCAUUCUCUCUGGUGACACCAGCUCCAAGUCCACCAACGAGAUUCUGCUGCUCGAUGUUGCGCCCCUGUCUCUCGGUAUCGAGACUGCUGGUGGCAUGAUGACCAAGCUGAUCCCCCGCAACACUACCAUCCCCACCAAGAAGUCCGAGGUCUUCUCCACCUUUUCCGACAACCAGCCCGGUGUGCUCAUCCAGGUCUACGAGGGUGAGCGCCAGCGCACCAAGGACAACAACCUGCUCGGCAAGUUCGAGCUUACCGGCAUUCCCCCGGCUCCCCGUGGUGUUCCCCAGAUUGAGGUCACCUUCGACCUGGACGCCAACGGCAUCAUGAACGUCUCUGCUCUCGAGAAGGGCACUGGCAAGACCAACCAGAUUGUCAUCACCAACGACAAGGGCCGCCUCUCCAAGGAGGAUAUCGAGCGCAUGCUUGCUGAGGCCGAGAAGUUCAAGGAGGAGGACGAGGCUGAGGCCAACCGUGUCUCUGCCAAGAACGGUCUCGAGUCCUACGCCUACUCGCUGCGCAACACCCUCCAGGACCCCAAGGUCGACGAGAAGCUUGACGCUGCCGACAAGGAGAAGCUCAACGCCGAGAUCAACAGGGUUGUUGGGUGGCUCGACGAGAGCCAGCAGGCUACCCGUGAGGAGUACGAGGAGCACCAGAAGGAGCUCGAGGCUGUUGCCAACCCCAUCAUGAUGAAGUUCUACGGUGCUGGUGGCGCUCCCGGCGGCGCUCCCGGUGGUGCUCCCGGCGGCUUCCCUGGCGCCGGUGGCCCGGGUGCUGCCCACGAUGACGGCCCGACCGUCGAGGAGGUCGACUAAAUGCCGCGCGAGCAGUCUUGUUUUUGCUUUUCAGCAGACGAGUUGCAGUGCGCGCUCGUCAAGCACUUGGGAAAGGUGUUUGGUUGGAGGUUUUCGGGUCUCCUUGCAUUCAUAGGGGCUAGACAGCAGCUUUUGCCAUUUCUAUUCCUUUCUUUGUAAUGACAUGACGAAUUCACUGGGGAAAAGUUCUCGGCGGUUUUCCACUCGCAGUUUGUACUUUAAUUAGGAUUCCCAAAUGGGCAGAGGCGUUCAACUUACCUGACCUUCCCUCGUGACAUUACUUCGCGCACAUUCCUGGUCCG